AUGGCCAUCCUUAUGCAUACCCGAAAGCCCAAAGUCCUCAUACCGGAAAAGGUUUCACCAGAUGGCCUCGCCCUCUUAAAAGACCAGUUCGAGGUAGACGAGAAGAAGGGCCUCAGCGCAGACGAGCUCAAAAGUAUCAUUGGUGAAUAUGACGCCCUCAUUGUUCGCUCCGAGACCAAGGUGACGGCAGAACUUCUGGGUGCAGCCAAGAACAUGAAAGUCGUCGCGCGCGCGGGUGUUGGUGUUGACAACGUUGACGUGCAAGCGGCCACUCUACAUGGCAUCGUCGUGGUGAACUCACCCUCUGGGAACAUUAAUGCUGCAGCAGAACAUACCAUUGCGCUGUUGAUGGCUGUCGCGCGAAACGUGGGUGAUGCUUCACAAAGCAUCAAGGCCGGCAAGUGGGAGCGAAGUCGGCUUGUGGGUGUAGAAGCCAAAGGCAAGACGCUUGCCAUUGUCGGUCUGGGUAAAGUCGGUCUCACAGUCGCUCGGAUUGCCAAUGGUCUAGGCAUGCGGUUGAUAGCAUACGACCCUUACGCCAAUCCCAACCUUGCAGCAGCAGCCUCAGUGACGCUCAAACCCAGCCUUGCGGAAAUUUUGAGAGAGGCGGAUUUCUUGACACUUCAUACGCCUCUCAUCGCUUCGACAAAAGGCAUGAUUGGCAAAGCAGAGUUGGAGACGAUGAAGCCUACGGCGCGGAUUCUGAACGUGGCGAGAGGCGGAAUGAUUGAUGAAGACGCCCUCGUCGAAGCUUUGGAUGCUGGCAAGAUUGCAGGAGCUGGUAUUGAUGUCUUCACCUCGGAGCCUCCGGAGCCAGAUUCGUCGGCAACUCGACUAAUUGCGCAUCCAAAGGUAGUUGCAACACCCCACCUCGGUGCGUCCACCAAGGAAGCGCAAGAGAAUGUCUCCAUCGAUGUAUGUGAGCAGGUUGUCUCUAUUCUUUCGGGUGAACUUCCGCGGUCAGCAGUCAAUGCACCCAUUGUGCUGCCAGAUGAAUACCGCACAUUGCAGCCCUUCAUCAACCUGGUGGAGAAGAUGGGCAGCCUGUAUACUCAGCACUACUCCAGCGUCAAGAGAGAUUCUUUCCGCACGACUUUCGACCUGACGUACGAAGGCAAACUGGCGACCAUCAACACCACAAAGCCUCUGUUUGCUGCGCUCGUCAAGGGAUUGCUGACUCCGAUCACUUCCAGCGAUGGCCUCAACAUCAACAUUGUGAAUGCCGAGAUCCUUGCAAAGGAACGAGGUAUUCUCAUCAACGAGCAGCGUUCGCGCGAAGACGUCGAAGACAAACCGUACUCGUCGCUCAUUACUCUACGCGCCCGCGCCUCGCGCUCAGUGUCACAACAAUCGCGCUCCAACAUAUCGCAGUCUGGUGCGCGUUCAACGCAGGAGAGUACAGACGACGAGGAGCAAAUCAUCCAAGGCUCAGUUUCGGAAAACCGGCCCUUCAUCUCACGCCUGGGCAAGUUCAAGGGCGAAUUCGUGCCCCGCGGUACCUUGAUCAUCUGCCGCAACUUUGAUUCCGUCGGCCGGAUCGGCUAUGUAGGAAAUCUGCUCGGCCAGUCUGGUGUUAAUAUCAAGUUUAUGAAUGUUGCGCCGUUGGAUGAAGAGGUGGAGGAGCGGCAGAAUGGAAGUAAAGAGGCGUUGAUGAUCCUGGGGGUGGAUAAGCCGGUGGGCGAGGAUGUGCUCAAGCGGAUGAUUGGCGAAGAGGGCGUGCUGGAGGCGAGCGUGGUGAAUUUCUGA